CUAUAAAAACUCAGUUUAAGAUCGAAAUCCUUACUGACCAUCCUGUAUAUUUGCAAAAAAACGUUGUCAAAUUCAAGUGACAUCAACAAAAAAAGAGUAAAAAUUAAAAACUAUAAAAAUUCCAGUGAAACUGCAUCAAUAUGCGAGAAAUAGUGCACAUUCAAAUCGGCCAGGCAGGCAACAACAUCGGGAACAAAUUUUGGGAAGUUGUAUCUGAUGAACAUGGAGUGGACCCAACAGGGCACUGGCACGGAGACUCCGAUUUGCAGCUGGAAAGAAUCAAUGUCUACUAUAAUGAAGCUGCUGGUGGUCGAUUCGUACCAAGAGCCGUCUUGGUCGAUCUGGAGGCCAGUACGAUGGAUAAUGUCAGAUCUGGGCCAUUUGGAAGGCUUUUUAGUCCAGAUUCGUUCGUUUUUGGGCAAGGUGGUGCGGGUAAUAACUGGGCUAAAGGAAUGUACACCGAAGGUGCCGAGUUGGCAGACAGUGUUCUGGACGUUGUACGGAAAGAAGCUGAAGGCUGCGAUUUACUCCAAGGUUUUCAAAUAGUUCAUUCUAUUGGCGGUGGUACCGGUGGCGGUCUAGGUUGUUUGUUAUUGGAUAAAAUUCGAGAGGAGUACCCUGAUCGCAUAAUCAGCACUUUUACCAUCAUUCCCAGCCCCAAAGUGUCCGAUACUGUUGUGGAGCCUUACAAUGCUACUAUGUCCAUUGCUCAUUUGGUAGAGAAUUCCGAUGAAACUUACAUAAUAGAUAACGAAGCUUUGCACGACAUCUGCUUUCGCACCUUGAAGCUUUCCACUCCCAGUUUAGCCGAUCUGAAUCACCUUAUUUCGGCUGUUAUGGCUGGAGUAACCACGUGCAUUCGAUUUCCUGGACAGCUGAACGCCGAUCUGCGGAAGAUCCAGGUCAACAUGGUGCCAUUUCCAAGACUUCACUUCUUCAUACCCGGAUUUGCUCCACUAUUUUCCAGAGGAAACAGACCGUAUAAAGCUUCAACAGUUCCGGAACUGGUCAUGCAGCUUUUCGAUGCCAAAAACCUGAUGUGCGCUUGUGAUCCAAGACGGGGAAAGUACUUAACGGUGGCCACAGUGUUUAGGGGCCGAAUGUCCACGAGGCAAGUAGAAGAACAAAUGGUUAACGUGCAGAACAAGAACAGCAGCUACUUUGUCGAAUGGAUACCGAAUAAUGUGAAGACGGCUGUGUGCGAUAUUCCUCCAAGGGGACUCAAGAUGUGCGCCACCUUCAUUGGCAAUAGCACAGCUAUCCAAGACUUGUUCAAAAGAAUCGGUGAAGCAUUUUCAGCGAUGUUUCGAAGAAAAGCCUUUCUGCACUGGUACACGGGCGAAGGAAUGGAAGAAACUGAGUUUACAGAAGCCGAGUCGAAUAUGAACGAUCUAAUUUCGGAGUAUCAACAGUAUGAAGCCGCUUCAAACGAUGAUGAAGACGAAAUUAAUGAUGAUGAUGGCUAUGAAGAUGACGAUGAACGCUGAGGAUAAAAAAAGCUUUAGGCUCAGUCUUCGAUUAUUUUCUCGACCGUUCUUUCGAUGCAAAUCAAGCAGCUGCAAACGAUGAAUAAGAAUAUUCAGCGUUCAGAGAACACGACGAUGAACGUUCGGAGGAAAGAAAAAUAAGCUAAAAGUUUCGUUCCUGAUUAUUUUCUAGAUUAAAUUUUCAGUUAUAGAACUUAUUAAAUUUUCCCAACAAAAAUGAAAUUAAAUCAGGUAAAAAUGCAAGCCGAUUGCUUGCAAAAAAUGCAA